GGGAUGCAGGACGUGCAGCUCAAGCUGGCGCUGGUGCGGAGCGUCGCCGAGGUCAGCCGGGCCAUGCAGGGGGCGGGGGGCUCCCAGCGCACGGAGCUCUGCUGCAAACGGGAGCUGCUGAGCAUCCUGCUGGGCUUCGUGAGGGCCGAGCCCCGGGAUUGCCUGGCGUCCCCGGUGCGCCAGGAGGCGUUUCUGGCCGUGGGGCACCUGAGCAAACUGAAGCCGUCACUGAGCCGAGAGGAAAGCCGCGACCUCCUGGAUCAGUGCCUGCAGAGCGUGAUGCCCCUGCCUGCCCUGGAGCCGGCGGAAGAGGAAGGGGCGACAGCGGCGGGCGCUCUGCACCUGCGGGCUCUGCACGCUCAGACCAUGGGGGCGCUGGGCGAGCUGGUGACGGCGCUGCUGGAGGAAGACCUCACCUCCAGCUGGCUCGUGGAGAUGCUGCACGUGCUGGAGUACUGGCUCAGCUCGGCCCGUGAGUGGGAGCGGGAGAGGGCCCUGCAGGCCUGCGCCCAGCUGCUGGGCGCCUACGAGGAGCGGUUUGAGCUCACGGGAGAAAAUUCUUUCGGGCUCUUUGGCUCCACGGUGGGACUGCUGGCGCCUUUCGUCUGCGACUCGCUGGCCACGUCCCGCCAGCGGGCAGGCGCCUGCCUCGGCCACCUCCUCCGCAUACAAGGCAAGGCCCUGGAGACGACGGCCGAGGAGGACGAGGUGCAGUCCCUGUGCCAGCGGCUGCGAGCCCCCGACGCCGAGGCUCUGCUCCAGGCGUCCUCCAGACUCUCAAAGAUCGUUUGCAAAUACAUCCCCCCGGCGCAGGCGGCGGAUUUCGUUUCUGCCGCCCUGGACGGGAUGCUGUCGGCGAGGGCGGCGUGCGCUCAGGGAGCUGGCGAGUGGCUGCUCGCCUUCCUGGAGACGUGCGGGGGACAGCUGCUCAUGCAGGUGCCGGAAAUCCUGAGCAUCAUCUACAUCCGGAUGCCGACCAUGCAGCAGGACACCCUCCGCGGCCUCCUCUUCAAGGCGGUGUCCCUGCUCGCCCACUACCACCCCGGGGCCGUCAUCGACAGCCUCCUGCAGAAGCAGCUGCCCGUGGACAGUGAAACCGUGGAGCUGUGGGGGGUCCUGGGGAGGACGUUCGUUGCCGGCCAGCUCCUGGGGGUUUUGAUGGAGAAACUGAAGGACUCGGGAAGCGACCGGCCCAGGACCAGCUCCACCGAGCCCGAGGCAGACGACAGCCAGGCUGCGCUGGAGCCUCUCAAGAUCACCCGCGCCAUCUUCGAGGUGGUGUCAACGCUGCAGAGCCCAGAGGCUGUGCAGCACCUGCUCCCGGAGCUGCUCCCGGUGCUCCUGCAGCAGAUCAGCGCCACGCUGGGAAAGGAGAUGCCGUUCUCCAAAGUCAGCGGCCGGGGAAAGCUGUUCCUGAAGGGACACACGAGCGACGACAAUCCGUGCAGGCUUUCCCUGGAGACCUUGGAGGCGGUGCUGCGCGCGUGCCUCCACGGGGGAUGGCUGUGGCUGCUGAGGAAGCAGGGAGCCUGGGCUGCGCUGGAAGACCCCCGGGCUCACCACGAUGGCGUCUGUCUGCUGACGGGCGUGCUGCUCCUCGCCGGCGUCGUCUCGCUGCCCGUGGUGCUGGUGGUGACCCAGUGGCUGGACUCCCUCUCGGCCAACCGGCGGGUCAUGGCUGCAGCCUUCUGCGCCGAGCUGAUGAAGGCGCCAGUGCCCUGGGAGAGGAGGUGCCUGCAGCCGAUCGUGGGGGCCCUGCUGCAGAAGUCGCGGGACCCGAGCGGGACUGUGCGGCAGAUGGCAGCGCGUGGCCUCGGCAAUCUGGCCCACGGCGCGCCGGAGACGCUGCGCGAGCACAGGGGAGCCGUGGUGGCGGCGCUGCGGAGUGGCCUGGAGCCCGGGGCGGCGGUGGCGGCAGAGAGCCUGCUGGCGCUGGCCAGGGUGGCGGAGGAGCUGCGGGGGAAGGGCCUGGGCACCUCCUUCAGAGACCUCGCCAGGGACGCAGCGGCCUUCUUCAACGCCGAGGAGGCGGCGCUGCGUGCGGCAGCCUUCACCCUGUACGGGGCGCUGGCGGCCUCUGCCUCGAGGCGGUGGAGGCCGUUCUUGGCCGAGGAGCUGGGGAGCACGUGGGCCAGCCUGGUGCUGCACCUCGGGGACCCGGACCCAGGCGCCUGCAGGGCGUGCCGGGGCGCGCUGCAGCUGUGCGUGCUGCUCCCGGGGCUGCAAUGGCUGCGGCAGAGCAUCGCCGCAGGCGCAGGGCUGAGCGCGGCCGAGCUGCUGGACGACAUCUGCGGGCAGCUGGCCUGGGAGAGCCUCGAGCAGCAGCAGGCGCUGUACGUCGCCGCCCGACGCUGCUUCCUGCAGGGCUGCGGGGAGGUGCGGGCCGCCGGCCUCCAGGUGGCUGGGGUCCUCGUGGCGCACGCAGGCACCGUGUGGCUGACGGCGGAGGAGGCGAUGCUGCUCGGGGCAGCGCUGCGGGUGCUGAGGCGCGACGCGGACCCGCGGGUGCAGCAGGCGGCCGCUCGGCUGCUGCAGGACACGGGCCUGGACCAGCUGCAGCGGCGGCGCUGAAAUAAAGUCGGGGCGGCGGCAGGGCAGAGCAG